AUGGAGGCUGCACCAUCACUGUUGCAGCUUUGCGUCCAAAAGCUUGCGCAGAGCCUCAUCAAGCAUGGGCCGAAACGGGUGCGCUACACCACCCUCUCAGCGCUGCCUCGCCGGGCCUUAGAGGCGCUCCUGGACAUCCUUGUGGCCAAGAAUGCGUUGAAUGACAACGUGCUGCCAUAUGCCCUGACGCGGCAGACUCAAAAACUGGGACUUGAAGGUGCAGCUCAGCUGCGCCGGUGUGUCCUGAGCACCAUUGGGCGAUCCUGCCCCAACCUUUGUGUGCUGGAUGUGAGGACAUGUCAGCAGGUCGACAAUAAAAUCGUCCGAGAUGUCCUUCAACAUUGCGAGCGGUUGGAGAUUCUGCGGCUGGAUGGGUGCCCUCGCAUUUCAGACAGUGCGUUCGCACCAGCCCUGUGGAAGCCUCCGCUGGCCGGCUUGCUGGGGCUCCGGGAGCUUUCUGUUGGAAAAUGCGGUCAAAUCACGGCUGAGGGCCUCAUGGGCUACGUGUUCAAAGGAGCACCAUACCUGAGGACCCUUGGUCUUGCGUACUGUCACGGUACGGUCACUGACGAGGUGGCUUCCGAGCUUCUCUUUCAGUUCGGCUUGCAAGCGCUGGAUUUAUCGUUCUGCUCGCAGCUUUCGGACCUUCCAUUCGAGGCUCAGCCCAAUUCCCUGCUUCGCGAACUACGCUUGUCGAGUACAAAUGUCAGUGACCGGGGCCUUGAAAGCAUCGCAAAGCGAGCACCUCAGCUCGAGGUUGUCGAUGUUGGGCAGUGCCGGCUUGUUUCUGGGUCACCGCUCUUAACUAAGACUUAG